AAGUUUCAAAUUUAUCGAGGUGCCAAUGCCCCAGUGCAGUUUAUAAAUAUGCUACAGAAUGAUAUUCUAACCAUAUACAAUCAACAUUUUAAGCAAAGUAAACCUUUACAAAUUUUAACAGAAGAGGAACGGAGACAAAUUAAUCUUGCCACAAGUUGUGGGAUUUGUGAGAAACCUUUUGUUGAGGGAGAUGUAAAAGUGAUCGACCACGACCAUCAGACUUCUUUCGUCAGGGCCGGAUUAUGUCAUUCUAUAUGUAAUUUACAGCUUCAAAAUCCAAAUUUUAUCCCUGUAUUUUUCCACAAUUUGACCGGGUACGACAGCCAUCUUUUCGUUAAAUCCCUGGCUUUAGAGAAUGAAACUAUAGACGUUAUUGCCGGAAAUAAGGAAAAAUAUAUUUCUUUUUCGAAGCAUAUUGUAGUAGAUCAAAUCGUGGAGAACGGAGUUCCAAAAAACCUAAUAUGGAGAAUACGUUUCGUCGAUAGUUUUCGUUUUCUGGCCAGUUCAUUAAAUGUUCUUGCCAAAAAUUUGAGUGAUAGCGAGUGCACUGAAAUUACACAAUUUUUUGGAUCUGGACGUGAAUUUGAAUUAAUUCGACAAAAAGGUGUUUUUCCGUAUUCGUUUGUAGACUCAUACGAUAAGCUUAAUCUAACUACGAUCCCCAAUAAAAGCGAUUUCUUUGAUAUGUUGCACGAGCAGGACAUUACCGAUGAAGAAUACAGACGUGCUCAGGAAGUUUGGAAUUUAUUUAAUUGCCAGACGUUGGGCGAAUACUCGGACAUUUAUUUAAAAUCUGAUGUGCUUUUAUUGGCCGAUAUAUUUGAAAACUACAGAGGCGUGUGUUUACGCGAGUACGAAAUUGACGCUGCCCAAUAUCUGACCGGUCCUAGCCUUAGCUGGGACGCUAUGUUAAAAAAGACGGAUGUGGAAUUAGAAUUACUGACAGAUAUUGACAUGCUUCAUUUUUUUAAACGUGGUAUUCGAGGCGGCGUCAGUACGUGCACCAAACGCAAAGCAAUCGCUAACAAUAAAUUUCUUCCCAAUUACGAUCCUUCCAAACCAAGCUCUUUUAUUAUUUAUCUGGAUGCAUGCAAUCUUUAUGGCCAUUCCCAAACACAAUUUCUCCCACAAAGUGACUUUGCUUGGCUCACACCCGAAGAAAUUCAAAAUUUUAAUGUUUUCGAAAUAUCAGAUGAGUCACCGAUCGGGUAUGUCUUAGAAUGUUGA